GCCAUAAAGGACCAGUGUCCAGAGCUGCCAUCAGUCAGAAGGCAAGAUGGGCACGACUCGGGCAGCCCAGAUGGGGCGAGGGCAGCGUUGCCCCCUCACUCUGAAGGUGCUGCUGUUGGUUGCUCUCCUCCUGCCAGGAACCCUGGCUAAGAGCAUCCGGGCCUUCCCUGAUCCCUGUAAGGACCCCACCAGAAUCAUCACUCCCAAUGACCCCUGUAUCACAGGGAGUAGUGGCUCCAGUGGCUCCAGUGGCUCCAGCGGCUCCAGCGGCUCCAGUGGCUCUAGUGGCUCUAGUGGCUCCAGUGGCUCCAGCGGCUCCAGCGGCUCCAGUGGCUCCAGCGGCUCCAGUGGCUCCAGCGGCUCCAGUGGCUCCAGUGGCUCCAGUGGUGGUUCUGGUAGUACCAGUUACCAUGUCUCCAGUGGUUCCAGUGGUUCCAGUGGCUCCAGUGGCUCCAGUGGUGGUUCUAUUAGCUAUAGCUCCAGUGGCUCCAGUGGUUCUAGCGGUUCCAAUGGUUUUAGUAGUUUCCACAGCUCUAGUGGUGAUUCUAGUAGCUCCAAUGGUGGUUCUAGCAGCACCAGUUACCAGGUCUUCAGUGGUUCCAGUGGCUCCAGUGGUUCCAGUGGCUCCAGUGGUUCCAGUGGCUCCAGUGGUUCCAGUGGCUCCAGUAGUUCCGUUGGAUCCUGGUCCUCCCAGUAUAGUUCCUCUUACUCUGGCACUGGUGGCAACUCCCAUGUGUCUAUCUCUGGUCUGAAACCCUGUGGUCCAGACAAUCCAUAUUCACAUUGUAGUGGAGCUCCUCUCCCAUCCUCCAGCUCCAGUUCCCACUCUAUAUCAGGAGGCCAUAAGCCAGUAGUGGUGGUGGUAGAGCAGCAUGGUUCUGGUGGCAACCGGGUUGUGGGGGGCUCUCCAUGCAGCAAUGGGGGGGCUCCUGGGAGCAAACCCUGCUCCCCUAUCACCUCCUCCAACUCCUAUGGUAGCUAUGAAGUGGUAGGUGGGUCCUCUAACAGUUACCUGGUCCCAGGAAUGACCUAUAGUAAGGGUAAGAUCUAUCCUGUUGGCUACUUCUCUAAGGAGAACCCCCCCAAGGGUUCCCCAGGUGUUCCCAACUUUGCUGCUGGACCCCCUAUUUCUGAGGGGAAAUAUUUCUCCAGCAACCCCUUCAUCUCCAGCCAUGGUUCCAGUGUUUCUUACCAGUCAGGAAGCUCUUCUCCAAUUAUUAUUUACCGGCCUGUGGGUACUGGUGGUGUCCAGACUGGGACCUCUGUGCUUAAGCCUUGUGGAUCUGGUUCCCAAAUCUCAGUGGGUCCCUGCUCCUCCUCCUCCAUCUCUGUGUCACAGAGUAGCUCUAGUGGGUCCAGCAAUUUAAUUAAUUCCCAACCCUGUGGGUCUGGUUACCAAGGCUCCAAAGGGCCUUGCUCCUCCUCUGGCUCUAACUCCCUUAGUAGUUCCAAUGUGAUUUUCAAACCUUGUGGGAGUAGCUCCUCCUCUUCUGGCAAUCCUUGUGGGUCUCUGUCCUCUUCUUCCUUUGGAUCUGGUGUGAGUCAGGGAUCCUCUCAAAUAGAUGUUUCAGCAGGGGCCAAGCCCUGUGGUCCUAGCACCAUCCCCUGCCGUUCCAUUCGUGACCUCCUAACCCAAGUGAAGCCACUGGGGCCACAGUUGGUUGACCCUGAGGUUUUCUUGCCCCAAGGAGAGCCCCUUAAGAGUUCCUGAACAAUCACACACACACACACACACACACACACACACACACACACACACACAAAUGCUCUUCUGCCAUCACCUUGGGAUGAUGGAAAAAGCUCCAAUGGGAUAAAGAUCCCAGAAUGGGGCUGGCUCCAUUUCCUAUCUCUAACUCAAGAGAGAUCCUCAUUCUAAAAUGGACAAAUCUCUGAAUCAACUUGGUGAUGAUGCCCCUUGCUCCCCAAAAGCCCACCCUAUAUAUUUGCCAUAGACAAUGAAUUUCUUCCUCUAGCACUCUUCCAACCAAAAAGAUUCUGUUAGAUAAUUAAUGAAGCAUCUUCUUAGACAAUUAACUUAUCCACUCCCUCCUUACCAUAUACACAUAUCCAAGAGAGGUUCUAGUCAGGUGACUCUCUGCAAAGUGGUGGCAUUUAUCUUCUUAAUACAAAUACCUCUCCUACCACCCUCACUUCUCGACUUCUUUUCAAUAUGGUCAAGCCCAAUUUGUUGCUUGCAUGUCUUGUUCUACUGCUUUGGACCUUAAAGAGGUAGAAUUACUUUAUUACUUUGACAAUGAACUAAAUAGUCCAUGCUCCUGAGGUAGCUGUUGGAGCUCAAAUGCUCCCACAAGCAAUCACUCCUGCCCCCAGUUCCCCAGCCUACUCCCUAACUAAAUCCCUUUUCCUCAGAAUAUAGAAAUGUUCUGGAGAGGAACUGGGGCAUCUUCAGACAAUUAAGUGAGUUCCCCACUCUUUCUGGAGCAUGGAGUGGAUGGUAGAUCAAUAAAACAUAUACCAGAUCCCA